AUGAUGAACAUCUCCAACGUUCGCUGCCGAUCGGGGGCGGUGAUAUUGCACCGGACUGGCCUGCUCGCGAAUAACUUUGCCCAGCAGCACGAGAUUUGGCAAGAGCCGGAUAGGUACCGCGACCAACUUCUUCAUGGUAUGAUGGGCGUGCUUGCUGGAAAGAAGCCGGCAGUGCCGAACGAAGGUCAGCGAACUAGGACCAAGAGGACGCGCCUAAACCAGGAUGCCGAUUGCGCGCGACAUUAG